UCAAUUAUUGUGUUACAUAUUACUUAGAAUUUGAGUUUGCUUUCCUUGACUUUUGUCUCUUAUCUUCUUUUACACAAAUCCAAGAAACAUUGGCUUUAUCUUUAUUAAACCAUUGGCUUCCCUUAGCUCAACAUUCAAACACAAAAACUCAAAAAUGAGUGAUAAAAAACCACAUGCUGUGUUAAUUCCAUAUCCAGUUCAAGGCCAUAUCAAUCCAUUGUUGAAACUAGCAAAACUUCUUCACCUUAGAGGAUUUCACAUAACCUAUGUAAACACUGAAUACAACCACAAACGGUUGCUCAAGUCAAGAGGUCCAAAUGCCUUUGAUGGUUUCACUGAUUUUAGCUUUGAGACUAUUCCGGAUGGUUUAACUCCAACGGAUGGUGAUGGCGAUGUUAGUCAAGACAUUUACGCUCUUUGUAAAUCAAUCAGAAAGAACUUCCUACAACCUUUCCGCGAACUUCUUGCUAGACUAAAUGACUCUGCAACAUCUGGUCUUGUCCCUCCAGUUACUUGCAUAGUUUCUGAUAUUGGCAUGUCUUUUACCAUACAAGCUUCUGAAGAACUUUCAAUCCCUUCUGUUUUCUUUAGUCCAUCCAAUGCAUGUACAUUUUUGACUUUUAUUCAUUUUAGUACAUUGUUGGAUAAAGGUCUCAUACCACUAAAAGAUGAGAGUUAUCUGACAAACGGAUAUUUGGACACUAAAGUGGAUUGUAUUCCAGGAUUGCAGAACUUUCGACUGAAGGAUCUGCCUGACUUUAUAAGGAUUACAGAUACAAAUGAUUCGAUGGUAGAAUUUAUCGUUGAAGCAGCAGGAAGGGCUCACAAAGCGUCUGCUUUUAUUUUUAAUACUUCUAGUGAACUUGAGAAGGAUGUAAUGAAUGUUCUCUCCUCGACGUUCCCAAAUAUUUGUGGUAUCGGCCCUUUAUCUUCACUUUUAAGUCAAAGUCCACAUAAUCACUUGGCAAGUUUAAGUACCAAUCUUUGGAAAGAAGAUAACAAGUGUCUUGGUUGGCUUGAAUCCAAGGAACCGAGGUCCGUUGUUUAUGUGAAUUUUGGGAGCAUGACAGUUAUGACGGCAGAAAAACUGUUAGAGUUUGCAUGGGGUUUAGCAAAUAGCAAGCAACCCUUUUUGUGGAUCAUUAGGCCCGAUCUUGUCAUCGGUGGCUCAGUUGUUUUGUCAUCGGAGUUUGUCAAUGAAAUUUCAGAUAGAGGCCUAAUCGCGGGCUGGUGCCCGCAAGAGCAAGUAUUAAACCAUCCUUCAAUUGGUGGAUUCUUGACUCAUUGUGGAUGGAACUCAACCACUGAAAGCAUAUCUGCUGGAGUUCCAAUGUUGUGUUGGCCAUUUUUUGCUGAUCAGCCAGCAAACUGCAGAUAUAUUUGCAAUACAUGGGAGAUUGGCAUGGAAAUUGACACCAAUGUGAAGAGAGAUGAGGUAGAGAAUUUGGUCAAUGAAUUGAUGGAGGGGGAGAAAGGAAAGAAGAUGUGGAAAAAGAUAAUUGAGAUGAAGACGAAGGCGGAGGAGGACACGAGACCUGGUGGUUGUUCAUACAUGAAUUUGGAAAAAGUGAUUAAGGAGGUUUUGCUUAAACAAAAUCAAACCUAAGUGACUUUUUUUUAUGCAAUUUAGUAUUACAUUGAAUUUAAGAGAUGAUGCUAAUAAGUAAUCAGUUUAUGAUGAUGGAAUUGAACAUAUCUUGUGCAAGAAUUCUUAAAAUAAAAUAGUGGUUAUUGCUAAUAUUAAAUGGAUUGAAUUAGAUAGUUAUAUGGCAUGUAUUUAAAUCUUUAUUAGUUGAAUUUUAUAGCUUUGAAUAAUUGCAGUUGGGUGAGUUAGGUUUUUUCCACA